UCAUCCAGUCGCCCAGCUGUUUGCUAAAGGCGAGUGGUCGCUGGUCGCCUGGCGAAUCAACAAAUCCUGCUAUGAGAAAGGCGAAUGAAAUAAAAGGUCCAGGAAGGUUACCAAGCAAUGCCAACAUGACCUAAUUAAUAAUAAUGAGCAAAGCCUUUGCCCUAGUAAGAUUUGGUCUUGAAUUUUGGCGUGAUGUAACGUUGUGGUGUGGAGGACGGUAAGCUUUCGCUACAACACAGGCAAAGUUUGAUGUCUUCGUCGUUCAUGUAGUGCUCGCGCCUCGACGCGUGGACUGAUAAAUUCUUCUCGCGAUGGGGACAACAGUGGGAUAUGCGUUCAGAAAACUUUCUGUUUAUGUAUCAGCUGUGGCCAUGAUAUUAUUUGCGAUCGUCAAUAUAACCCUGUUGAAACUCCUGUCAUUCGUUUCCCCGGGACUGAUGAGGAAAAUCCAUCUAAAAAUGGGAGAGAAAUCGACGAUGACUCAAAAUCCCAAAUUCAGAUACGAAGACUGGGGUCCGACUUUCUUUUCUCUGAGGUUCAUUAAAACCGUGCUCUCCGUGAACUGGUGCUCGCUGGGCCUGGAGGCGUUUGAGGGGCACGCGGCUCCGGACACAGCUUUAUUCACCCUGGAUGGACAGAAAACGAGCAUUCAUCGUUUUCUUAAAGGGAACCGUCCACUGGUUCUGAGUUUUGGAAGCUGCACAUGACCCCCAUUUCUCUACAAGCUUGAUGAGUUCAAACAACUUGUCAAGGACUUCAGUGAUGUGGCAGAUUUCCUCAUUGUUUACCUUGCAGAAGCGCAUGCAACUGAUGCUUGGGCCUUUGCAAACAACGUUGACAUCAGCGUGCACAAAAACUUGGAGGAGAGACUGGCUGCGGCCCGGACCCUGGUCAAAGAAGACACCCUCUGCCCUGUGGUAGUGGAUGAGAUGACCAACAUCACAGCCAGCAAAUACGGAGCCCUGCCUGAGCGCCUCUAUGUCAUUCAGAGUGGGAAAGUUAUCUAUCAGGUGAGUGUUUUGGUGGCAUCGGACCUUGCGGGUACAACCCUGAGGAGGUUCGAAAAGUUCUGGAGAAAAUUAAUUAAAAGGGAAAAAAUGGAAGUUUUAUAUCCAUGACAGUAUCUUUAGCAUAUAUUUUUUUAAUGGAAUAUGUAACCAAAAUGUUUUUUGUAAACAUUUGAGAUACAUUUUGUUUCUAUGCAAAUGCAUAAUUAUCAUAGCAGCAUUGUAUUCAAAGACUAUAUAAAUAUCCAUCAGCAGAGACUGUGAAGGGCAUCUGUGCUUUUAAGAUUUUUUUCUGAACUUGUGACUGUAAAUGAUGCUUACAGGGUAAAACUGUGUGAACUGUAAACUGAUAAUUCACUCAUUUGUUCUAAACAAAUUGAGGAGCACAGAUUUCACAAAAUAUACAGAGUUUUCAACAACUAUUCAAAUAAACGGUCAUUUAU